AUGAUAGUAAAACGGUCAGAAGGUGAAGUUUAUGCAGUUGUCACUGAUUUUAUUGUAGCGUAUCUUCGAGGAGGUUAUCCAGCUGUAAGAAGAUGGAUAAAAAAAGAUAUUCACACAAUAAAAUUACUUUUUGUGCCCAUGAAUGUAUAUGAGAGUCAUUGGAUAUUUACAGUGGUUAAUAUACCUGAAAAGACUGUGACAUCAUAUGAUAGUCUUAAGUCGUAUGAGGGUCCCUAUCCAAUGGUAUUAAAAAAUUUCUUAAUUGAAUGGGAGAUGGACAAAAAAGGAAAAGCUUCUACAUGGACAUUACAAAUAGGCGAGACAUCUCGCCAAACCAAUGGACAUGAUUGUGGGCCAUUUACUGUUGAGCUGGCAGAAAAAAUGUCUCGAGGAGAUACAACACCAAUAAAUGGGUAA